CGAUCUUCCAUUGCUGUCGAGAUCGUUUUUUCGCUCCCAAAUUCUCAAAACACAACUUGCCCAACAUGGCUAUGGUAGAGCCCACCGUCGAUACGCAUGGCUUUCCGUUCACGGAGGGGGCCAUCAAAUUCGAAGUGAUCUCUACAGACGAAUCGGACCCAUCUUGUGCAACAUUCUGCGUACAUGACGAAGACCAUACACUAGGAAACUCACUUCGUUACAUGAUCAUGAAAAACCCUGCCGUGCAAUUUUGCGGUUACUCCAUUCCUCACCCUUCCGAAUUCAAGAUCCACAUUCGUAUACAAACUGAUGGCACGAUGACAGCAGCUAAAGCUUUAGAUAAAGGUCUAGACGAUUUGAUGGCUCUCUGUCAACAUGUUCUGGAAACAUUCAACGCCAAAGUUGCUGCAAGAGAUGAAUAUGAGAUUCGGGAGGGCGCCGAGUUUGAAUAGAUCAAUGAAGUUUCAUGGUCAGAUAGAUCAUAGAGUGGGAUUGUCAAACGAUUGUUUAGGUGAAGGUUAUGUAGACAUCUUGCACGGUGGCCGGUGGUCGUGUUGCGGAGGUAUCACUUGUAUAUAGUUAAUUAACAUAAUAUCAAGCAGGGUUAUGCUAGUACUCGUAUUUGCUAAUGCGACUACUGAUGACAUCUCCA